GCGGCGUGACGCACUUCCGGGUUGUUGCUAUGGGAACGACAGCGCGCGCCCUUCUGUAAUUUUGCCAAGCUAGUAGUACCGGAAGACAGUUUGCAGCAGUCCCAGCGGACUCCUCGUCCACCACCGGUGCUCCAUCCCAUCGUCACGUCAGCAGGUUGUGACUGUCCCCGCAGGCGUCGAAGUCUAUUUAAGUGCUCCUGUGUGCAGUGCAGUUGGGUGGAAACAACCGUUUUUUGGAGGUUUAGACGUCGGCCUGCAGAAGAUGCACUUUCUGUGUUUGACAGGAAGUUACUAUGCAACUGACACAUUUGCAUCGGAUUUCCUCUGAUUCAUCCUAAAAUAUAUGUGAGAACGAUGUACACUGCCAAGAAAUGUGGAAUUAGAUUCCAGCCUCCAGCUAUUAUCUUAAUUUAUGAGAAUGAAGUCAAGGGGAAGAAUCGCCAGCGUAUCAUGCCUGUCCGAAACUUUUCUAAGUUCUCAGAUUGCACCAGAGCUGCUGAACAAUUAAAGAAUAAUCCACGCCACAAAAGUUACCUGGAACAGGUAUCCCCAAAGCAGCUAGAGAAGUUGUUCACUCUUCUCCGCGGUCACUUAUGUGGACAGAGUCUGGCAGCAACAAUGGAACAAAUUCAGCAGGAAACAACCAUUGAUCCCGAGGAAGACUUGAACAAAUUAGAUGACAAGGAGCUUGCCAAAAGGAAGAGCAUCAUGGAUGAACUCUUUGAGAAAAAUCAGAAGAAGAAGGACGAUCCAGAUUUCGUUUAUGACAUCGAGGUUGAGUUCACACAGGAUGAACUGCAGUCCUGCGGCUGGGAUACUGAGUCAGCUGAUGAGUUCUGAUGCCACACUCUCACCCUGCUGCGCCAACAGAGCGUCCCCGUUCCUACACACAGCGUCCACUGAGUCUAGGAAAAUCUGUAAAGAACCUUCAAUGUAUAGGUUGGGUUUUAAAACCAACACAUUUAUACCUACUAUGUAGGUGCACAAGAAAUAUAGGAAAAACAGGAUAGGAGUCUGCCAGUAAUGGGUCUGCAGACUAAGGGACAGUCACUCAGAAAACUUGUGCAAGCUAAUUCACACUUCGGAGCAGCAAAAAGGGUUAGAGGCCAAUGCUGGAUAAAGGCCAAAGAAGGUCAGAGUUCAGGUUACUAACGGGUGAAAUAGUCAGGGAAGACUUCCUGUUAGGAGAGAGAUGAGGCGGGGUUUUGCCUGGCCCAACAAUGAUAGUCUUUGGCUAGAAGCUGUGUAGGAUUCCAUAUGAGAACAAUGAGAAAAAGAGGGAAAAUGGUAGAAUGACAAGAAAUAGAAAUUCUUUUUGAGGAAUAGUGAGCAAAUUAUAGUUUGAUGAGAUCGGGGAGUUAUCCCGUGUAUGUGUGUGUGUGUGUCUGUAUCUGUGUUUGACUCUGGUGUGAAAGACCCCCUGCAAAGAGCGCUGUAGCCACCAGUGGACAAUCAUGUUAUGAACAACAGGGAGUUUCACCCCUUGGAUCAGGAAAUGCACACUAGAGCCAUUCUGAAACCCAAAACCUCUUCCCAUAGAUGAGAGGUUGGCUUGUCAAACAGGAAAUCCACCCAUAAUUCAUAAAUGGUAGGACUGCCAGUUUGUGCAUGAAAUUUGGAGGUAUGAAGGAUCUUUGUAUGACAUGCGUAUCUGUGCACAGAUGCAUUUGUUCUGUCUAGAAUGUUAUUUAAUUGGAAGAAAUCCUAUGUUUUUUACAAGGAAAUUAACAUUCAUUAAAUAAAACUGCACAAAUAAUUCA